ACUCUAUGUCACCACCUUCUUCAACACCCUCACCUUGUCUCCUCCAUUUCUUAGAUCUUCAGACUUCGAAUUCUUUAAAACAUUUGCGACGAAUUAUCGAGAUAUAGAGAUAUAGACUUUGAAGUUUUGGUAUAGUUCUCUGGGAAUCUGAAUUUGUGAAAUGAGAUUUUCCCGGAAUCCAAAUAAUAGAAGUGGGGAUUACUUGGAAGGGAUGCUUAGUGAUUAUGUUGGAGGGAAGGCCAAGGUUAAAGCUACUAAGACAGGCUGUUCUUGGCUUGUGACAGCUCUCACUUGCCUGCAACUUGCCUUUGCAGUUUAUGCAACGAUCCUUUUGUAUUACAUGAGUCCAUCGGUGGAGUUAAGAACCAAACCAGAGUUUACGUGGGCAACAAGAAUAGCAAGAAACAUGAAACAGUUCAUCAUCCCACCACAUGUUCAUGGUCGCUACCAAGAGGCUGCUUCUUUAAUCACAGCUGAAAUCUUCUCUCCAAUUACCCCAUCACAAGUUUGUGAGCAUGAGAGGAUCGAUUUCGAGCAGAAGAAGUCCAGCGAUGUUCAAAUGAUCAAGUUGAAGAAAGAGUUGUAUGAUGAGAUAUUGGAUUUUCAAAGCAAGAUCAUCGGUACAGAGACUCUGUCCGAGUUAAUGGCAAUGAAAUCCCAAUGGGAUAUGCGCGGUCCCAACCGACCCAAAGUGACAGUGCUCUUGAACCAUUUCAAGAGAAAAACACUUUGUUCUCAGCUCGAUUCUUUGCUUCAGCAGUCGCUUCCAUUCCAUCAGGUUUGGGUGCUUUCCUUCGGGAGUCCAAACGAACACUCUCUAAAGAGAAUCGUAGAGAGCUACAAUGAUUCAAGGAUCAGCUUCAUUAGUUCAAGCUAUGAUUUCAAGUACUAUGGCAGGUUUCAAAUGGCUUUACAAACAGAAGCUGAUCUUGUGUAUAUCGUGGACGAUGACAUGAUUCCAGGAAAGAAAAUGCUACAGAUUCUAUCUCAUGUAGCAGGAACUGAAAAGUAUAAGAACUCUGUUUUGGGUAGCAUUGGAAGGAUCUUGCCUUUCAGACAGAAGGAUUUUACGUUCCCGAGCUAUAGGAAGUUCCGAUCGAAGGAGGCAGGGCUUUACUUGCCUGACCCUGCCUAUGAUAUUACUGUCCAGAAAAUUGUGCGGGUGGAUUUUCUUUCCAGCUCUUGGUUUUUAUCUGCUGAGCUUGUCAAGGCACUCUUCAUUGAGACACCUUUCACAUUCAUGACUGGUGAAGAUCUUCAUCUUAGCUAUCAGCUUCAGAAAUAUAGAAAUGCAGGCUCAUUUGUUCUUCCCGUUGACCCGACCGACAAAGAAACAUGGGGUGAUAGCGAACAUAGGCUUGCUUAUGUAUCAGAAACUACUGUGAUCUUCAAGGACAUAGUUCAAGUCCGAGAUGACCAGUGGUGGAGGGCGCUAAGUGCCGGUUAUGUAACUCAGUGGGCUGCAAUGUACCCUCAAAAGAUUGAUGCUCUCUUUUAUGCUCACAGUAUUGAUGAGGUCAAGGCACUUGCACCGCUACUCGAAAAGUUCAGGUCUUCUGUUGGUAAGAAGGCUUACAUUGUAGUUUCUGGAGGCAAUUUCUGCCCUUGUGAAGAUGCUGCAGCAGCUCUAAACUGGGCAAAGUCGGUUUGCAAAGAGCGAAGAUUUAAGAUUUUCGAUUUGCAAAUAGGGGCACUUUCAGGAGCAUCGAACUCCGAACUCCCGGUUCUGCAAGCAGUAUACUCUAGUUUGAAAGGAUUAAUCAAAAUUCAUAACCCCAGUGUGAUUAUCACGGUGACAGACAUUGAUCCCAUUGUCAAAAAAGCUUUGAAGAUGGCAUCCGAGACGAAUGCAAAUGGUACUGCACUCGUACUUUUACCGAGGUCUUCAGUCUCAAAGGUUCUAUGGAUGGCUGAUCUAAGAUCAACCGCAUUACAAAAUUGGAACCGGAUGCGGAUCUCCGUCAAUAUAAUUACUCAAAGCCGUGCACCUUCCUUAAGAAGGCUUCUUAAGUCUCUGAGUGAUGCAUACUAUAUUGGAGAUGAGAUCCCUAUCAGCUUCAAUAUGGACAGUAAGGUGGAUGAAGCAACUAUUAAGGUUGUUGAUUCAUUUGAAUGGCUUCAUGGCCCUAAAACCCUCAGAAGGAGAAUCAUUCAGGGAGGGCUGAUUCGAGCAGUUAGUGAGAGUUGGUAUCCAACAUCAGAUGAUGACUUUGGGUUACUACUUGAGGACGAUAUCGAAGUCUCUCCUUACUACUAUCUAUGGAUUAAAUAUGCUCUCUUAGCCUACCACUAUGACCCUCAAGUAUCCCUUCCCGAGCUCUCCUCGAUCUCUCUUUACACCCCUCGAUUAGUUGAAGUUGUGAAAGAAAGGCCGAGUUGGAACCCAACUGAAUUCUUCAACCGCAUUCACCCGAACACUCCUUAUCUUCACCAGCUACCUUGUAGUUGGGGUGCAGUAUUCUUCCCCAAGCAUUGGAGAGAAUUCUAUGUAUACAUGAACAUGAGAUUCACCGAAGACGCCAAAGCAAAUCCAGUUCAAAUCCCAAAGUCGAGAACGAACGGUUGGCAAGCUUCAUGGAAGAAAUUCCUCAUCGACAUGAUGUAUCUUAGAGGAUAUGUUAGCCUUUACCCCAACUUCCCAAACCAAGCUAGCUUUUCAACUAACCAUAUGGAACCAGGGGCUCAUAUCAGUGCAAAGGACAAUGUGGUUAGGCACGACAAAGCAGAUUUUGAAGUCCCAUUGUUGACGGAAGAUUUUAGAACCCUAUUGCCUAAUGGGAAAUUACCUCCAGCUUCAAAGCUGCCAUCACUUAACCUUUUCAAUCAACCUGUGUCACUGAUAGGGCUCAAAGCAGCAGGAGCCAAGUUGGGUCAAGAUGUAUUACCAUGCAACAAUGCUACAGAGAUUGUCACAGUUGAUCAUAUUACAGGUCUGCCACGGCAAUGCUCCAAAUUCAUAUGACUGAACCCUUUCUUCUUUUUCUAUUCUUUAUUUCUUCCAUCCACCCAAGUCUGAUAUUUUUGUUUGUUUUUUAUAUUUUGUGUUGAUAUGAAAAUCAAUGGAACCAUAAAAGGGAGAGAAAAAAACAAUGGGAAACAAAGGUUUUACCGAUGUUUUAUUUCUGUGGUGUAAAUUGUAAUUAUUUGUAUCCAACAAUGAAAUUAAACCAGCAUUUCUUUCUAUAAA